ACACUUUCGAUUCACUGUCCACCAUUUUCUUCGAUACGAGGAAGCCGCACGUAUUUUAUCAGAGCAAAAUAAAAUUCAUAAUUUGCUGCUAUUAAACAGCAGUUCAUCUCAUUAAGCAGACAGACAGAAGCGUUUUGUGACUCUGAUUUUACAUAAACAGUUUAAUCGUGGCAGACAUGAGCAAUUACGGUCGACCGCCUCCCAGAAUUGACGGGAUGGUUUCGUUGAAGGUUGAUAAUUUGACUUAUCGAACAACUCCUGAGGAUCUCAGGCGAGUGUUUGAACGUUGUGGAGAAGUCGGCGACAUUUAUAUUCCUCGAGACAGAUUCACCAGAGAAAGCCGUGGCUUCGCUUUCGUUCGGUUCUAUGACAAACGUGAUGCUGAAGAUGCGCUAGAAGCUAUGGAUGGUCGUAUGUUAGAUGGAAGGGAGCUCCGCGUCCAAAUGGCCCGAUAUGGUCGACCAACAAGUCCACAGACUCGUCGUAAUGGUGGAGGGCGCAGGGAUCGCGAUCGUCGAAGAUCUCGUGAUCGUCGUUCGAGAAGCCGUUCCCGUGGUGGUCGCCGUGGUGGCCGUUCAUUUUCACGUUCUCGUUCCCGUUCCGAAAGUAAAUCAUCACGCGGACGCUCCACUAGUCCGGUGCACAAGAAAGCAUCGAUUAGCAGAAGUCGUAGCAAGGGACGCAGCGUUAGUCGUAGCGCUUCUCGUAGCAACAGUCGGGACUAAUCACUUCAUUUUGAUCGAGUGGUAUAGUUUUGCAGAAUUAAGAAACUUGACUGGACUUGCUGAAAAAAAGGCCGUUCCUGUUCCGGCUUAGCAGAACAGUCAAAUGCAGUCUGAGCAGUCAAAUAGAAUCAGAAAAAAAAUCAAAAUCUAAAAAAACCAAUGACAAAUGUAGGCGUUUGACAAAACCUAGUAUUCUGAAAAGAAUCCGAGCAAACGACGAAUAUCUCAUUUGAAAAUGAUGAUGAUAUUGCCGAUGAUUGCUGUCUCCGGAAAACAGGGGCGCAGUGCAAUAAUAAAUGCUAAUGCGGUUGGGUGUGAACAGGAGAAGAUAGCGGUGUCGCUGAUUGAUAGUAAAAUGAGGAGAAAGCGAAAGAAAGCGUGCGGAGAGUUUAACGCAAUGCAGACAGAGUGACAGAAAGAAAAUGAAAAUCGAGUGUGGGGUGCAGAGGCGUGGUCGGUGCUAAUUUCCAGUCCGAGUUGCCGUUUGUAAAACACACAUUUUUUUCCAAUUUUAUCACAUUGCUGUUGUUGAGCUAGAUAAAUAUUUACCAUCGGAUCGUAUGUGAAUCGAAGGCAAUUUGAACAAUUGCAACGCAGAGGCGAUGUCGAGAAAAAUCAACUUACCUAAAAAAAACCUCUUGUGGAUAUGGUAAGUCAAACAAAACAAAAAAAAAUCCAAAAAAGGAAACAACACAGACAUUAUAUACAUUUGCUAAAAAAAAAUAACACGAAAGGACCAGUCCUUUCAUUUAAACUCUAAAAAAACUUUUCUUUUUAUAUCAACUGAGAAAAUGAAUUAUUGGUAAAAAAAAAUAAUUUACGAAAAGAGAAGUCCUGUAACAAGAUAACUAAACUUAAAAAUGUGAAAUCAUUUCAAUUUUUCCUUUUUUUAUAAAAUAUAAACAUUUUAUGUCAAUAAAUUUAAAUUAUCCAGAGAACUAA